CAGCAAGAUAUAGGCCUACCUGGGACUUGGUACUUGACCCGUUAGUGUCCUGCAAGCUCUGCCUUGGUGAAUAUCCUGUGGAGCAGAUGACAACAAUAGCACAAUGCCAAUGCAUCUUCUGUACCCUGGUAGCCUGUGCUUCAAACUGCCUUGCAACCUCUCUGGAUUACCCCUUUUCCAUCUGAGAAAUCUCUGGAGUGGGGAACUCUCGUGCGAACAGAAUAUUUAAUCCUCUGCCUAACUGACAAUGAUAUUCAUGGCCUCAAGACAGCAUCUCCAUUUCCAGAAAGCACAGCAUCAGAAGAGCACCUUAGAUGGGCUGGUUUUAAGUAUAUGGUGCCAGUGCCACAUCAGUGGAAAGGGAAGGCCUUGGACACUGCCCGUGGCAGGGAUGAGCUACAUCCUUCCUUGGAAGAUGUUAAGAAAGAGAAACAAAUCAAAUGGGUUUUGGCGAUGCUCCCAAACAGGCUGAGGGAAUUAACCACAUUAAUGAUUAAUGAUAGCAAAGCUCAUUCAGCUCGAAAAGUACUUUCUAUAAGUGCUAAGUGCUGGCAUUAAAAAUGUAUGCAUUUUUGCUUUAAUCCACACUUGGCAUCUGCAAAUGGAGAGGAAAGGGAAGAGCCAACAGUGUCAUUAUGGCAUGCUAAUACCUCGUUCCAGCUGAAAUCACAGCCUGCCAAGGCACGCAACCUAGGACCUUGUUCUUGCAGAGCUCAUCCUGCUGUCAUUGCUGCUAGCAGUCCUCUCAAACUGCUACACCUCUCUGUAGGGAUAAAAGUGAAAUGCUGGAAGCCUUCUGCGAGUCAAACAUCUGCUAAGUGAUUUCCAGUAAAUCCUUGCUUAUAAAGAAUAUGUAGGCCCUGAUUCAUCACAAAUGGUUUUUCUAAUGCAUAUAAAACUUCCAAAGAUAUCAAUUAUCUAGUCUCUUUUUCUUUUCCAAAAAAAACCAAAACAAAAACCCUGAUGUCUCUAUUGAGUAGAAGAGGCAGGAAAGGGGAAUCAGACAGCAGUGAUUUGGAAGCUAUCAAGGCAGUGGCAGGUUGUCACCAGCAGAGCUGUGCGCCAUAGCAGCAGAAAUUAUGUGGGUAGAAAGCGAAGUUUUUGCUGCUGUGAGGCUGUGACAGGUAAAAUCCAAAACAAACCACUAAGGUACGUGGUAGGUUCUCUGAAAGAAGCAGCAAAGACAUAUUAAAAGUAAGAACUGAAGAUGGAGAGGCUGAGUAAGUAGGCUCAAGCACUCAAGACUACAGCAGCCACAAGCCACGUGCAUAGGGCUGGGCUGAACAUGUGCCUUGUGACCUGGCUGGAGGGCAGAGGCUGCUUUGUGCAGUGAAUUCCAGUGGGGAACGCUGGGUUCAGCAGGGCUGACUCAGCCCUUGGCUUUCCUAGGCUGCUGCUGGGCUGAUGGCUGCAUACUGGUACCAGCUGAGCCCAUGAGGUGACCACCGUUGUGUGACCCACCCGCUGGCAAGCAGACCCUUAUUUGCUCUUUCUGUGUAGCAUCAGGCUGGCUGAAGCUGUGAGGAAUCUGCAGAGAAAAGAGUUUAUCUCCCUUAGCCUUUCCCUUCGCCUCCCUAGCAGGCAUCUUUGUGGCAGAUCUUGCCUUGAUGGGAGAAGUAUGGAGGUGGAGGGAUGGAUAUUCUUCAAGGCUUGGGCUUGACUUCCCUUUUUCUAAAGUAACCCCCUGCCCUGUCUCUUGUUGACAGUCACCCUGUGUGCCUGUGUGUCAGAUGCAACGUUUUCAGUUAUGACUUAGUGCCUAAAACAGUAUGUGGAACUUUUGAUCAAAGAAGGUCUAGAAACAGCAAUCAGCUGCCCUGAUGCUGCCUGCCCAAAGCGAGGUCAUUUGCAAGAAAAUGAGAUUGAGUGCAUGGUUGCAUCAGAAAUCAUGCAGAGGUAUAAGAAACUGCAAUUUGAAAGAGAAGUGCUUUUGGAUCCAUGUCGGACUUGGUGUCCAUCCUCUACUUGCCAGGCAGUUUGCCAGCUCCAGGAAUCAAGCCCGCAGAACCCUCAGCUGGUCCAGUGCAAAGCCUGCGACAUUGAGUUCUGCUCUGCUUGCAAAUCUAAUUGGCAUCCAGGUCAAGGCUGUCAGGAGAACAUGCCAAUCUCUUUUCUUCCAGGAGAAACAAGUUCAGUUUUUAAAAUGGAAGAAGAUGAUGCUCCAAUCAAGCGCUGUCCAAAGUGUAAAGUUUACAUUGAACGAGAUGAGGGUUGUGCCCAAAUGAUGUGUAAGAACUGCAAACACGCCUUUUGCUGGUACUGUCUGGAAUCUCUCGAUGAUGACUUUCUCCUCAUACAUUACGACAAAGGACCUUGUCGAAAUAAGCUGGGACACUCCAGGGCAUCUGUUAUCUGGCACAGAACACAGGUGGUUGGAAUUUUUGCAGGAUUUGGUCUUCUACUUUUGGUGGCCUCCCCUUUCCUUUUACUUGCUACACCAUUUGUUCUGUGCUGCAAGUGCAAAUGUAAUAAAGGAGAUGAUGACCCGCUACCUACCUAGACCAAGAGAAGACUGGACUCAUAACAACGUGUGUUUUGAUUUUAUUAUUGCUGUUGAUAUUUCCCUCUUGCACUUACAUUGCUGUAGCCUUACUUGCCCUGUACUGCUUUUCACUGACCCACAGUCUUGGUUCCAGGAACUGUUGCAUAGAUCAAGUGGUAAUAGACAAGGACAGUAACGGAAGGCAAGUUUGGUGCUUAAGGGAGACCAUGGACCCAGGUAGCUAUCCGAAAGGAAGACAUGAUACUGCUAAAACAUAAUGCAAAGGGUUUCUCUGGCCCUGCUGGAGGACUGGGAACUGUGCUGAAUGACUUCAGCAACACAAGCUAACAGUGCAUAUAAAUCAAAACUCUGCAUAUUUGUUUGCUUCAAAAUUUGAUGUCUCAUUCCUGUAUGUAUGUAAGUUAUCUAUUAUUUUAAUUGGAUAGUCAACUUUUUUGUGACUUACCAUGUUUAUUAUGUGUUUUUGUUAAUGCCAUCACAACAUCCUUUUUAGUGUGUAUUUUUCCAAGAAUAUCAAAGUCAAUAAGGUGCAUAUAGGCCAUCCUAUGCCUUUCUUGAUAUAUAGGGAGGGACACAGGGACAAAAUUGGUCCUGUUGCCUUCCUGGAAUAUUUUGAAGUCUUAAUAGAAAUUUGUUUGACCGAAAGCUACAUUUUUAAAAUAAUUGAUGAAGCUGUAAGGUUGAGUGGUGACACAAACCUGCGAUCUAAUCAAGGUUCUUUUAAAAAUGCAUUGAUGGCAUUGUUACUGCUGGACCACUAGUGUUUUUCUGAAUUGCUAUUUUUUGCUGAUUGGAGUUCUGCUACACUUACAGGGCUAUGUAACUUCUAAUCCAGGUAUCUUAAUCUUUUUAUAUAGGUAGAUAGAUAGACAGAUAAUCUUAUUUAAACCAAAUGUGUAAAUAGCUGUCCUAUUGAAAUAUUUUGGGAGUUCAAAAUAGCUUGCUUCUGUCUUUAGGGCAGGUAUUAAAAAUACAGGACUAGUUUUACUAUUUAGCAGACUCUUGGAUUAUCAGUGAAUCUUUCCUUCUAAGUAUAAAAAUACAUCGAGAUUAUCCCUGUAGUUAAUAAUAAUAAACGCCUGGGAUAUUUGUGGAAGUUAACAUUUGAACUACUUAGCCCAUUAUCAGAAUUAAUAUCAUAUGGUGUGUGCUAUUGAAUAACAAUACUGUGAUGAAACAAGUUUUCAUUUGACAAAUAAUCACUAACUCGAUGUAAUAAUUUUGCAGAAUUCAGUGCUGUGUGUUUCCAGGGUAAUAAAGUGUGCUAGUCAACCUACUGUUAAUCAUUGUAGUUUCUCUUUAGUAAUAUUUUGGUUGGAAACCAUUUUGCUUUGAUUGGAAAUCUGGCAGAAAUUUGAUUAAUAACUUGUCUCCAUGAAAUAUGAAGCACCUGAAUUGAUGUGCAUAUCUUCAUGUAAUAUGAGAGGAAAACCUUCUGAAUGAUGAGUAGACUGAAGUUUGACUACAUUUUUUUCAUCAUUUAUUUCUGUGCUUUGUCAGCGUACUGAGAUUGAUGAACACGUUGAAGCCAGGAUAACUUUGCACUGAAAAUGUAUUAAGACUCUUACAUGCAACAGCUUCUGGCUGCUCUGACAGGCUGGGAAUUUGUUUUCAUAGCUCAAGCAUAAGGAAAUGACUACUUCUUUUCAUUACCUUUUAUUUUAUAACGUUCACCUGAUAGAUAAAAAGACUGCAGGGUACAGUUUUGAAACUUGCCACUGUUUUCUGAUAAAACUUUUCUUGGAUUUCUUCCCCUCCCUCUCCUUCCAAGUUUAACGGUAUCCAAAUUCAAAAUGUGUCCAAACACAGGUUUUAGUUCUGAGAAAUGGAAGUUAUCUGCAAUUCACUUACCUUACUUGAUUUAAAUGACUUCAGCCAUUAUAAUAUGAAGGAAAAGGACAGCGGGUUCCCAACCAGUCUGAAUUCUUUUUGAUGUGUUCAGCUUUUUUAUGGCAAGGUACAGUCCAGAUCGUUACUUAUAAUAUCUGAUUUUUGUUAUCCUAGCCUUUCCAUAUAUCUAUGUUAUUAAAAAUUGCUUAGCUGUUCCAAAAUAUCUGUAAGGGAAGCCUGAAUAGUGCAUCCCAUCCCUGGUGGAAGAGCACUGUGUAAGCCUGUGUGCCCCGAGUCACAGCUUCCAGGCGCAGAAGCAAUGGAAACCCUUCUGUGAAGGACAGCUUCCUGCAGGUAAGCUCAUAAGACAGAGUGGUAAAGCUCAACUACAGUCUUUCAUCCUUGGCCCUGUAAUUCUGUUUAACUGCAGAAAAAGAAAUGGGUGAAAGGACACGACGACUUCCUGGGUUAUUAAUUUCCUCUAAUUGGAAGUGCUAAAGGUUUUCCCUGUAUGUGGCUGUGGCUGAUGAUAGGAAAUAGCUGAGGUGCAGCCGCCUGCUAACAGCACCUGGAGUGUCCUUGUCUGAGAUGUGUUUUCUACUGUGCCUUUCUCAGAGACAGCCUUUCUGUGGCAAUGUAAUAAGGCUGGGCAUUCCCACAGUACUGUGGCCAGUUAAUAAUCAAUGUCAAAAUUAAUGCACUUCCAAAUUUUAAAAAGGGAAAGAUAAAGAAUUCCUUCAAAAAUACAGACGUUUAAAAAUGUAUACAAUUGAUACUUGCAGAUAACAUUAUAUUAAAUCAGAAAACUUUGUACUUCUUUCAGCAUAUCUGAUCUCAACAUACUUGAAUUGCUGUGGGAGAUUUUUAUUACAUAUCUCUUGAUUCAUAUCGUGUUAGGAUAGACUGUAUACCUACAUAUAUUUCCCAAAUACCUAAUCCUUUCAGGUAUGCUAAGUAUCAUUCCAUUUGUGUUCUCGGGGAUUUGGUUUUGUUCUGUUUUGUUGUUGUUUGUUUAAUUUUUUUAAAUGUUGUUUAUUUCCAAUGUAGUACACAUCUGUCAGUGAUACAUUGAAUUUGGGGUGUUUUAUGUUAUAGCUUCUGUUGAUCAUGUGAGAUUUGAUACCCUUACAUGGAAUUGUAAAUACAUUAUUAUAAACUCUGACAUUUAAGCCCCAUGACAUAGAGAGGUGAAUGUCUCUGCUGUUCUUCCGCUGAAACUCUGCUACAACAGCUUUUUAGAUUUUCACCCGAAAAAUAAGAUUUACUGCAUGAUUUCUGUUGCAUUUUUAUAGCUACGCUAUUAUUUAGUUUGUUAGCAUUGUUUUAUAUGCUGUUUUUAAUGUAGUUUGUAACAGUACAUUAUUUGCACGUUCUGUUGGGGUGAAAUAGUCCUUGUGAGCAUGGGACUGAGUGUGGAGUCCAGGCUCCAGAGACUUUGAAUCUCCCUAAACUUACCAUUGAGCUGAAGUCAGCCCUGAGAGAGAUCAGCAGCACAGCUCUCACUGACUUCAGUGGCAGUAGCACUGGGUCUUCCCUAUGUGACAUUGGACAAGUCACUUGUCUCCUUUUCUCUCAAUUAGCCAUCCUUUACAUGGAUGGACCAAUGUUCACCUACCUCACAGGAGAGUUGUGAGGACAAAUUCAUUGGUUUUAAGGCUUUUCAAGACCCCCUGAUGAAAGAUUAUAUAUAAACGCUUACAGUAGGUAGAUUUAUGUUAAUACUUCAUAUUUAUUCAGCUUGUCUUUCAACCUAAAACUUCCUACUAUUGACUUAAGCAUGCCAAGAAUUUGGUAUACUUUCUCCCAUGUACCAAGCAGCUUGAUCUUCCCUCAAAUACUCAGGCAAAAUCUCAAAUAAGAGUUGAAUGGUGCAACUCUUAGCUUACAGUUGAUGCCCUGACAUGCAGGAAAUGCAAUCAAAAUUAGAGAAAAGCUCUCUUGCUUAUGGAGCUGACAAUAAAAUAUUCAUGGAUCAGAAAAAGAUGAAGUGCUUUUCAUUUAAAAUUGGAAUGGGCAGGAAAAUAAAAAUGAAGUUUCAUGCAUUUCAUCUGUAGUCCUUUUAUUGCAUAGGAAUAAAUAUGCUUAAUAUAGGCAGUUUUCAUCCCAGUAUGGUGCAGCAUGCAUAAAGCUUUGUGCAGGUUAGCUCUUUAAAACCAAAGCUUAUAAGUUUCACACAUACUAUCUACAAUCCAGAGGAAAAGAGAAUGGUGGUUGCUGAUGACACUGAUGUUAAGGACAUCAAAAAGACCUGCAUCAGUGCUUAAUUGCUAGUGCACUUAUACUAAGUAAGGCAUGCUGUUUGUGUUUAGAACCCUAUGGUCUUCAUUAUUGCUUUGAUUUGUGUAUCUCUCAUCAGAAUUCCAGAAACAUUAGGUACAGGUACGUGGUACAUAACAGAACCUUCCUUGAUCAUUUUAUCAUGGAUAUAUUUUAAACUUGCAUAGGUUUAAGCAUGAAGGAGUCAUGCAUAUGUAUAAAUAAUGUAUUUGACCAAGUGUAAAAACAGUUCUGUUGAUGUAUUUGAAAUGUAAGUACAUUUCGUGCCACUAACACUGUGAUGUAUAAAAGAGCUGUUGAAUGCCUUUUAAUGUUGUGUUUUGUACUUUGAAUCAUAUUGAAGAGUUUAAUUUGUAAUUUCAAUAGAUAUUUUAAACGAA